CCGUGUGUGGCAUGUGCACAUUUUCUUGGUAAACCUUUGUAAUUGUUUUUCAGUAGUUAAGACUCCGUUUUCCUUCAUCUUCGGCAGUUUUCCUUGACGUAGUUCUGUUGGUCACAUUCCGCCCAGAAAUGAAUUUGCCUGAUGCGCAGUAUAAAACGAAGAAGAGGUUGUUUUAUUUUUCUUAGCUGGAGUAUAGUUCUGUGAAGGGGAUUCUUGGCUCACUGCACUUUUGAGAUUUUUAAUUUUGUGACUGCUGUAGGAUCCUUGAUGCUUCCCGUUCAAAUCGCUUCAAUUCAAUCACUGUAAUCAGCCUCCCAUUCUCUCGCUGCAGCAGCCUUCCGUAGAGUUUUGUUAGCUUGUUAUGUUUAGAUGCUUUUUGUCGGCGCGUGGGUUUUAAAGGGCUUUGAAUGGAGGCUUACAUCCAUAGCCUCCUGUCUUGAAAUGAAUUCUUUCUUUACCAAGCCUUCAGACUAUGCAGACUUCCUAUAUAGACCUAAUUCUUCUGUAGUGUGCUCCAUUGUCUAUCAGGUGCUCUUUAAUGCCAAUAAAAAUAGAUUAGAGGUUUGUCAAUGUGCACGUUUUCUGGUAACGUUGAAUACAAAAUCAUUUCCCUUUAUCAUUACAUAUCGCUCAGGUAGCAGAUGAGUUGCUGGAGUUGGGUGUUUUGUGAACGGACUGUCUUGAUUCUGAUACAGGUCUUCCUUUGUUUUGUUUUUUUUUGCUGGGAAAUCCUUGGAGGUUGUGGGGUCUAUCCAGGGGGUCCCCAAAACCAAGGGAAACUUAUCACCUCCUCUUCAGUCGCGAAUGAUGCGUCUUCAUAGUGUACCAGAUCCCACGAUACUUAAUCUGUGGAUUUGCUGGUAACGUGUUAGGAUUUGCUUUGCCAUGGGGGACGUCUUUGUAUUUGCUACAGCUUUCCGUUCGAUUUUUAUGUUGGAAUGGGGGGGAGUCCCUUUGGGAAAGGCCUCCCCCCAGCCUGGAAAGAUGGGAGCCUUGCACCUCACGCAGAGUCUGCCGCAGAUGCUGAGCCAGGAAGCUGGUACCCGAACCGCGGGACUGGGAGUGUGGGGGAGCCCGCGCUGCCAGCGUGUAUUGAGGGUUCAUUGACGAGCCUUAGGAGGCCAAGACGCUGUGCGUUUUGCUUCUGCACCAAGCAGUCCUUCGCUCUGUGCUACAGUAGCUCUGCACUGGAUUAGAGUCCUUUCGGCACUUGGUCCUUAUCCCCGGAAAGGUCAGGCUGCCGACCGAACCCGCGGAGAGCAGCGUUGCGCUGGGGAACGUGGAGAAGGGCAGAGGUCUCUGUGAUUGGGCCGGGGAUUCUGCCCAGAGCCGUGGAUAUUUAUAGGCUGAAAUGUGAGGCCGGGGCAGGUCACAGAGGCAGCUCCUCCAGAACCUUCCUCCCUGCUGACACUGUGGCUUUUGUUCCCCGUUCAACGCGCCGAGAUCCUUUCUGAUUGAACUGCUUUCCAAUUUUAGCAGUUAGCGUGCUGCGGAAUAAUGGAUGACGCGUCAUAAACCUGCAGUUUAGUAGUACAGAACCACGUGACUCGAUCAGUGUUGAUUCUAGACAUUUUUUAAAAAGAUUUUAAGUUCGGGCCUGAUUGUAUAACGUGGGUUGGAGUUUACCAGGAUAUAGAAUACUGUAGAUACUGGGUUGUAGUGUAGCACGAGUUAACAGGGCGGUUCAUCUGAAACGCUGAGAGAGUGUGCAAUUACCGUACUGUUAAUUUACGUGCUAGCAUGAUUAGGUCAUUUUAAUUAUGCUAGCUCGCUUAAUUUGCUUUUUAGUUUGGAUCAAGUGCAGCCUGGUGAGCUUCAGAGAGUUGUGUGCUAGAGUUGUUGGGGUUUUCUGGUCUGAGACAAUCAUGCCCUUUCUGGUAAGAGCACGGCGACUCCAAGUCUCCAGGGGUUAAGAUACACGAGCUGUUACUCAGGAGGACUGAUUCACCGAGACCGGGAGGGGGGCUGCAGGUGACGACAUCUUCCUGUCUGCUCAAGUCAGGCGAGUAAGAAGAGCCCAGCCCCACCUCCGCGAGGAAUGGUCACUGUCUCCGAGGGUAUUUAUAGACCUGCCGGACAGCUCAGCUGUCUUUCUUCAAAGAAGAGCCCUGGAACUGGUCACUCUUACUGUCUCGUCCUGCUUCUCCCUGCCGAGAGUUUAUUUUUCCUGUGGUCCUGUACAGAAGUCCACUCGAGGUCUCGCAGAAGCCUGCUUGUUGUGGGGACGCCUCUUAUUUCAGCGGAACGCUGUGCUUGGGGAGUGGACGGAGUCGUUUGUUUCAGACUUCGGGGCGAUCGGGAGGGGCGGAAACGCUGACUGGCCCGCGUUUGACCCCCCAGCUGCGCGCGGUGCUCUGAGAGCCCAGGAAGCAGAUCCGAAGCAGCACAGAUUCAGAGAGAGACCCCAACCCCCCACCCCCCAGGCCUCCCCAUGGAGAAGCCUACAGUCCAGACGCAGCCCUCCACGCUGCCCUUCUUCGACACCGCCCACGCCCUCAACCUGCUGCGGGGCAUCCACGAGCUGCGGGCCGAGCGCAAGUUCUUCGACGUCACGCUGCGCGCCGAGGGCCGGGAGUUCCCCUGCCACCGCGCGGUGCUGGCGGCGGCCAGCAACUACUUCAAGGCCAUGUUCGCCGGCACGCUGCGGGAGAGCGCCAUGGACUGCGUGGAGCUGCACGAGGUGUCGGCCGAGCUGCUGGGCCUGCUGCUGGACUUCUGCUACACGGGCCGCGUGACGGUCAGCCAGGACAACGUGGACCUGCUGCUCAAGACGGCCGACCUCUUCCAGUUCCCCUCGGUCAAGGAGGCCUGCUGCGCCUUCCUGGAGCAGCGGCUGGACGUCUCCAACUGCCUGGAGAUCCAGGACUUCGCCGAGGCCUACGCCUGCCGGGGGCUGGCCGAGAGCGCCCGCCGCUUCGCGCUCAGGAACGUGGCCGAGCUGGCCGGCGGCAAGGACUUCGCCCGGCUGCCCUGGAAGCGGCUGCUGGAGCUGGUGUCGGACGACGGGCUGUGCGUGGACAAGGAGGAGACGGCCUACCAGAUCGCCGCCCGCUGGGUCAAGGCCGACCCCCAGCGGCGCCUGCACCGCUGGCCCGAGCUGCUGCAGCAGGUGCGCCUGCCCUUCGUGCGCCGCUUCUACCUGCUGGCCCACGUGGAGAGCGACCCCCUGGUCUACCUGUCCCCGGCCUGCCUGCGGCUGGUCAGCGAGGCCCGGGCCUUCCAGUCCUGCGCGUACGACCGCCACGACCGGCCCUGCCACCGCAUGCGGCCGCGCCCCUCCACCGGCCUGGCCGAGAUCCUGGUGGUGGUGGGCGGCUGCGACCAGGACUGCGACGAGCUGGUCACCGUGGACUGCUACAACCCCCAGACCGGCCAGUGGCGCUACCUGGCCGAGUUCCCGGACCACCUGGGGGGCGGCUACAGCAUCUCGGCGCUCGGCAACGACAUGUACGUCACAGGAGGCUCGGACGGCUCGCGGCUCUACGACGGCGUGUGGCGCUACAACUCCAGCGUGAACGAGUGGACGGAGGUGUCGCCCAUGCUGAAGGCGCGGGAGUACCACAGCUCCUGCGUGCUGAAGGGCCAGCUGCACGUGGUGGCGUCCGACAGCACCGAGCGCUACGACCACGUGCUGGACUGCUGGGAGCCCCUCCAGCCCAUGCUGCACCCCAUGGACAACUGCUCCACCACCGCCUGCAGGGGGCGCCUCUACGCCAUCGGCUCGCUGGCCGGCCAGGACACCAUGGCCAUCCAGAGCUACGACCCCCAGAGUGACCGCUGGGCCCUGGUCAACUGCGGUCAGCUGCCCCCCUGGUCCUUCGCUCCCAAGACCGUCACCCUCAACGGCCUGAUCUACUUCGUCAGGGACGACUCGGCGGACGUUGAUGUCUAUAACCCCCAGAAGAACGAGUGGGACAAGAUCCCUCCGAUGACACAGGUCCAUGUGGGUGGCAGCGUGGCCGCGCUGGGCGGGCGCCUCUUCGUCUCGGGGGGCUACGACAACACCUUCGAGCUGUCGGACGUGGUGGAGGCCUACGACCCCGCGGCGCGCGGGUGGAGCCCCGCCGGCCGGCUGCCCCAGCCCACCUUCUGGCACGGCAGCGUCAGCAUAUUCCGCCAGUUCAUGCCCCAGGCGCCCAGCGCCUUCGAGCCCGCGCUGGACCCGGCGGAGACCAACGCCAUCCAGCUGCACCGGCACCACCUGCGCAGCCUGGCCCUCCAGGACCAGAACCACAACCAGAACCUAAACCACGCUCACUGAGCCCCGCCACCUCUCCCCGGCUUCCCUACCCCAAAAAAACACUCUCAUCGUGCCAGCCCUCAUUCCCCAUCCGUGCGGAGAUUCCCCAAAAAAGCGCUUGUCGGUGUUCUGAUUGGGCUGAACAUGACUGAUUGCCUGCAGGACAGAGGAGAGUUACGCCAGUCUAAGUGCAGCUGUGAGCUCUUGAUGCCACACGGCUUAUAGCUUACCGCAUAGGCGCCUGGGGCUUCUGCUGUCCCGCUGAUGACCAUAUCCUGGGUGUGGCAGACCUGUGGCCCCCGAGUCAGACUGAGUGACGAUGGUCCAAAAACCUCCUCCAGCCCUGGAUCGGGUUGGGCCAUCGUGUUGUUAGAGUUUCACUUGUCACGCGAGAGAAACCUCCCGCCUUCCUAAUCCAAACAGGCUUUCUCCUUCUUCUGAACUCAGAGCCUCGGUCAGUGUAGCGCGUGGCCUACCACGUUUCUUUUUUUGCACCCAGUCUUGAAAAUCACAAGCUAACUACACAGCAGGUUUCUGUUUCCGACCAGGGAGCGUUCCGAACCAAACAACCCAAAAUGACUGACCCAAAAAAAAAUCAAGCACUUGGCCCAGUCGUCGUCGGAACACCAGAUCUCGUUUUAUGAGCCUCGACUCCCACCGAGAACGGAACUCUUUGCCGGUUUUAUGACAAAACCCUGGAAACAAGACGGGGAGCGAGUCUCCGCGGCUCGUUUUCCCCCUCGACGAGCGUGCACAGCUGGGCUUUGCAAAUCCGGAAUACUCAAAAGUGAUCCGUGUCGUUUUGCACGUCUCCCCAGAAUACCGCGGACGGUCCCGCCAUUGAGCACGCCCUGAUGUUGCGUACCCAACCGCUGGAGUAGCAGGACAUCAGCGGCGGCCGAUCCGGACAUGUAAUGAAGCAGAAAUACUGGGAACUUGCGGGUAUUGGCUACCGUUGGGUGGAGACCAUGGAUGGUCUAUGCUUCCGUUUCAUUCUGCUGGCCCGUGUCCUCGUCCUCGGUAUCCCACUUGCCAACACACUCAGCUUGGCUACAGUUUGGACAGAAACGGAAACCUGCCAGCCUGCAUGUGGCACCUAUAGAGUCAGAGCGCUAACCACAAGGAAGAUUACUUUCCCUUUUUUAUAACUUAUUUUUAUAUCUAUGUAAUAUGUAUUAUAAUGAAGUUUAUUUAUGUAUUUAACUGUCUUGGGUAGUUGUCAGUCACUCUUUCGCUUAGCUAAAAAUGCAUCCUGCAAAGAGGAGCUGGGAUGCCUCACCACAGCUCUCAAAUGGGAUUGUUGUUGUUCUGUGAGGAUGGAUGAAGUGUGCCUGAAACUCCUUCCACUCCCGAAGAAAGAACUGGCGCUGUGUGGGUAACUGGAAGCAGUUAGUUCUUGUAUUCAGUGCUGUGUGUUUUGCAUUGAAGUUAAAAGUCCCACACAGUUGCAGCACGGUUUCAUCUGUUUGGUGUUAACUGUUUUAUUUGUAAUACUUUGCCUGCAUUGCGUCAUUCUUUAGACAAUAGAAUGGCAGAAUGUAUUUUUAGAAGAAAAUACGUGCCUUGUAAAUGAGCUGUACCUGUGACUAUGAAGCACCGUCUUCACAUAGUGCUACUUGUGCAGUAUAACAUGGUGCGUGACUAGCGAUCAGCAUUGACAAUGGUUACAUCUUUUCAUGUGGGCGGCACAGUGGUCAGCACUGCUGCAUCUCGGCGCUGGGGCCCUGGGUUCAAUUACAAACCUUGGCUGCUGUCUGUGUGGAGUUUGCAUGUUCUGCCCGUGUUCACAUGGGGUUUCCUCCUGAUGCUCUGAUUUCCUCCCAACAGCCCAAAGGCGUGCUGGUAGGUUAACUGGCUUCUGGGAAAAUUGACCCUGGGGUGUGGGUGUGUUUCCAUCUGCCCUGCGGUGGACUGGCGUCCCUGUGCCCGCUGGUAGCCGGGAUAGGCUCCGACCCCACCCGGAUGAUGGGUGGAUCUUCAUGUGACACCCCUCUAAAUUUACCUUUGGAUAAUCCUAUGUCCUAAUCAGAAAGGGUCCGAUUCUGUUUAUUACAAAACAAGGCCCAGGCUGCCUUUCCCUGGACAUCCCAGCCGCUGGCUGUUUUCCCUGCCUCAGCAGCUGAUAUGCUGGUGUAAGUUUACAGGUUUUUCACCAGUUGUUGAAUGAGCCCAUAUUCCUUCCAAAAGAACAAAGAUCCUUUAUAUAUCGUGUCCAUUAACACAGUGUGCAAUAAUCAUGGCUAUAAAUAAGGAUGGUUAAGAAUGGUUUUAAAAAAGACUGUAAUUACAUAAAGGGCAGUGAAUAUCUUUUGCUACAGGGAUUUAUUGACGACACAAUGACUUGAAUUUUAACUUUGCCUUUUAACAGCACUGACAAACCAGAGCCCUCCAUCUAGUGCUCCUCUGUGCGAGUUUGGAUUCAUCUCAGGUUUCUGAAUUUAUAACGUAAAGCGACGUGUUUUGAGAGGCUGGCAGAAAACCGCGAUGUUUCAGCCAUUUCUCUCUGAGCAAGGGGUUGCUGGGAUCUCUCAUCCCUGUUACCAGUGGAUGAAAGCACCUUGCAGCACCCUGGAGGGGGCGCUAGUGUGUCACGGGACACAUACUGUACAUGGACAAAUCAGAGGCACCAAUUGAUCUAGCCAGCGUGUCCUUGGCAGGCAGGAGGAAAACCUGAACACCUGGAAAAGACCAAUGCAGAUGUGAUAAGAACAUACAAGCUCCACCCAGAAAGCGCCCCGGUCAAAAUGUGGGACCUUAAGGUUGUGAAGUACUAGCGCACCAUGCUAUCCCCAAACAAACUGGUUUAUUAAUUCAAUUAAGUAAACGGUUUAUGUACAUUUUUAAUUUAAAGGGGAACUGCAGUGCUUUUUUCAUAUU